AAAGCCUUGUUCCAUAAGGAUUAUAGCUCCCCCGCUGUUUGGAAAAGAUAAUUUCACUUGUAACACUAAUAACUUGAGCAGGGAGAAGGCUGGCUGGGUGAAUGGAAUGCACUUCACUGCACAUCUUGGCUUCGCUAGAAAUCGGAAACAGAUGGUCCUUGCGGCUGGCUUCCCACUCGGGCCCGCUCAGUGCCAGCCUGUGGUCGUUGGCUGGUUGCUGCUGGCACUGUGUGACUUGAACAUAGUAGGACAGUGGCAAAAGAAAUCAAAUCUUUUUCAUUGAGCACCAAACUGUAAUGAAAUUUGACAGAUCUGACAUUCUAUACCCAACAUCUAGUUAGAAUAUAUUAACCUUUUAGUUUUCUUGAGCUCUUCUCCUACUAGUUAUGAAUCUUCUUAUUAAGGGGUUGCAGUAGCUCUGGAGAUGGCAGGAAAGCGGUAUCUUCUGCAUGCCCUCUAAUGCUGGAACCCAAAAUAUAUAAUUCAAAUAGUAAAGGAAGUGUGGGGCUUUUAACCCCUCCAAAAUUCUUCUACAAAAAAACCCCUCUGCUAGUAAUAGAAAUAGUGGUUCGGCCCUUUUGUUAAUAUUAAUUCUAAGGAGAAAAAAUCACAGAAGGUAUUCCACCCCUGUACACACAGUAUUUUCUGUGCAUCUUUUGUAGCCCCACCCCACUGAGGCAAUGAUACCUUUGAUCCAGCUGCAUCCAAGCUGACUUUGUGAUUUCAAAGAAUACUUUCAUUUCAAAUUCUAUGAAUUUGCAUUUACUUAGAUGGUACAGAUUAGUCCAGGGCAGGAUUCCUCCUUUCCCUCUAAAGGCUUCUCUCAAUACAUGCUUGACGUUUCUUUUUUUAAGACACGGCUCAGUCCUUCUUGAGGCCGUGUUGGCUGUCACACAGGCCUUGAGCCAGCCAAGAUGUGUGCUCCUGGGGGACGGGGACCUCUCAUGGGUGAAGAGCAUGUUGAAAUGUUGUACUGAGUUAUGGUCACAGAUUAGGAAAUAGUUGGUUAUAUUUAGACUUAAAAAUAAAUCUGGUUUAUGUUCCUUUGCAUUUUGGGUAGAUAGAGAAGAAUUUCUACUUAUUUUUUAAAAAUGUUUGUAUGUGUCAUUCCUUCGCCUUCAGUCCUUUCAUCUGUUCCUCCUGUUUCUUUCAGACAUGAAGUCACAGCACUGUCUGUGAUGUCAGUGUGUUUCCAUAUUGACAGACCGUUCUGUCAGAAACAAGAUCUUGAUGCUUGUUUCAGAUGAGGGAAAAGGGGAAUACAGAUGGUAGGAAGAAAAUCAGAGGAGUGAGAGGGGAGCAGGGAGAAACACACACAACAGAGCCACAGGGGGAAAUGCAGAGUCCAAACCCAACUUUUCCUGCAGAGGGCAAAAGGACUACUUUCCCUGGGUUCAGGAAGAGCAUCCAAAAUGUGUGUGUAACAUUAGGCAACCAGUAGAAGCUUUACCAUGGCACUCCUUUUGGCUCGGGAGUCCUUGAAGGUGCAGCAGCAGUGGUCACGUGCUGUUUCUCUCCUUGUUUACGCCUUCAGCAACAGCAGAUCCUCCUGAUUGAAGCCAGGAUUAUAGGAUUUCCAAAAGCUAGAGCACACUCCUUGUCAGCAACUUUGCAUCAGUUCAGAGGCUGCCCAAAAAUCAACUGCCUGCUCUCACGUGGCUCUUGAACUAAUUGUCGCUGUUCAAGAUAAGGAAAUCCUCCUCUUAACUCAUCGAAGUUGAGGCUUCCCAAGGAAAACGCCUCCGAAAUUAGGAACAGAGCUAAAUCACACUGGUGCUAAAUCACACUCUGAGCAAUUGCAACUGGAGAAAUAGGAGGAGGCAAAGGGAACAAAGAGAGGGUUAAUGGGCAAUAGGUACCGUGCAAGUAAUAGAUAAUCUAAUAACGAGGUCUAAGAUCCUAAAGAUGUGUCUGGCACUGGGAGCUGCCCGCAGUUCUACUGCGUUUCUUUUACCGAUGUGAACAGUAGAAGCCAACAUUUGGAGAAACCACCCACUAUGCCAACAUUUCUAAUGCUCUCAUGCAUUUGGUUUCCAGUAGACUGUAAAAUGCCAGCUUGAUACAGUCAUCUGAAUCAAUAUACUUUAUUAGCCUUUUUUUAGCGUUCUUUCCUGUUUCCAUGCACUUGAUAGGAACAACAAUAUCCUCAUCCAAACUUGUGGCUAAGGGAAGACAGAGGGGCCUGCUUGUGCUGUGUGAGCUGCAGCAGGUAACUCUGCUCAACAAUUGAGCAAAUUAUUUGUGGGUAGUUGGCCACUUCUCCAGAAGGAAGUCAGAAAGAAACUGGCAAGUGCUUCAAUCCAUUGCUUGAGGCCUCAAGCUGUAAGAAGACAAAUCUCCUAUAGCCCACAACAUACACACCUAACUUAUUUCCAACUUGAAAUACCACACUAUAGUGCAAGCAUUUUUAUUUUACAGCUGCAUCUGCACAAAUGUCGAUGCCACACGAAGGCUUUUUCUUCCUUCAGAACAGAUCUGAUUUAGAAGCAAAUAUCUUUGUUGCUUAUUAGUCUUUGGAAGGCAUCGUUUUGUCCCAAUACUAUUCACAGGGAGUGUUGUGCAGAAUGCUGAUUGACAAGAGUUAAAUUCAAAACAUGUAGCCAUUUUCUGGUGUGUGGUUUUUUUCCUGAUUGAAGGAAAACUACUUAGAUGUUUGUUUCCAAAACGGCAUCUGUCAGCAAUCAAAGGGGAAAAAUUGCAUAAAACAAAUGCAAUUGUUUGGAGUAGCAUUUCCUGGAUCAUGUUAAAUGCUUGAUUUGCUCCCCAUUAUGCUCACCAAAUAAUUUUAUUUUCCACAAUAAUUGCAAUAUUUAACAUGUUGUAUUUAAUCUUGUUUUAAUGCUAUUAACAACAGCCGCUUAUGAAAGGAGUAAUUGCUCUACGGGUAAGAACCCACCAUCCCCAGCAUCAGAAAGAACAAUGGCAAAGUUAACUGCACCUAAUUGUUCUGAAUUUAAAACGCUGUUAACCAACAGCACUCCUCAUUUCUUUGCACAUAACCACUCCACUGUCAGGAAGGAAAUGGUUUCAUGCUUCUGUCAUUCAUAAUCUGAAAAGUGUAUGUUUUAAAAAAAAUAUUUAGUUGGUGUGUUUACAAUUAAUAUUGGGAGGUAAAAUCAUAUGUUGGUAUAGGAAGAAGUGGUUAAUACAGCAAUCCAGAGAAAGUUUGUCAGUAGAUCUCUAACCACACCAGGUGCUAAAAACCCACAUAGAAUACAGAUUUAUCAGAACUUGCCUGGAAUGACAUGCUGCACAACUGGGUAUGAAAUACUAAAUAAAUAAUAAGCAGGGCGGGUAAGAUGACGGGUUUGAGAGAUAGGAGCAGAGAGAGCAGCAGAAAAUUGAAUCUGACACCAAUUCAAGGGCUGAUUGUUACUAAGAGUUUUGCUUUAUAUUUUGUGUGACUAUUUGGAGAGGGAGUUUUUUUCCCAAUAAUCAGUGAGACUGAAAGGACAGGUAGUGUUAGCAAACCUGCCCUAACAGAAGACAAUAAAUACUUUGGCUAGCCAGAGCAAGGACAGUUCCUGGCACAGUGUCCAUAUUUUUUUUCUGGACUCAAAAUAAAACUUAACACUUCCCAUGCUAGUCAGACCCUUUUCUGUAAAUAGCAGUGGGAUUGUACCUGUUAUCUGGAACUAGAAGUGCAAACUGGGAUGCUGUAGUAGCAUAGAUCAUUCCCUGAUGUUUAGUCUAAACAGAUUGUAAGAUUUUGGGGCAAAAAAACCCAAACCCCUGCAUAUUACAUUAGCAGUUCGUUCUUACACUAAAUCAUUUGCUUAUCAUCUCGCACAUCGCAGAAAUGCAAGGGUAUUAUUGAAGCUCAAUAAAAGUUGGUUCUGUUCUGUACUGAAUGGCAGUUCUGUAAUCUGUGCAGCCCAGAAUUACAAUUCUGCUGUAGCCAAAUAGUUAAACAACAGUUGAUACACAAAAUAAUCCAAACAAGAAUUGUGCACCCACGAGCUCCUCUUGCUGAUACAAACAGAAACGAAUAUUGUUUAAAAUCGAGUGGAUGUUUUUAAUACAUUUUCCUCUUGUGUCUAAAUCACAAAAAAGAUUUGCGGAGUGUAGCUGUUUCUUAGUGAGCGAGUUGUAUCAGCCAUAGCUCCGCAGCCCCAAGAAAUAUUCCUGGCAAGAGUGUGUUUGGCAGUUCAGAAGUUCAUUUUUUUGAGCACUUGUGGAAAGGCUCUACUGUAUAGGCUGGAGUGCCCUGUCAGGGACUGUGGUGGUCACAGCCGAGCAACCGUCGCUCCGUGUGACACAGCGGGGUGAUUUAAAUGGAAAGCAUUCACUGCCUGCUUAAUAGUCAGCUGUCACAAAAGUAGUACUUCAGUUGGGUUUACAGUGCACCAGGAGAAGUGGGAAAAUGAGAUGAGAAAAUCUAUGAUUAUCUCUGGCUUUGCUAGGCAGGAAAAGAUUUUAAUAUCAGACAAUAACACGAUUUCAUAACUUUUCAAAGCAGUUUGUUUUGGGGCUGUCUUUUCCCAAGUUAUCUGUCAAUUCCUCACUGUAAAUUUUGAGUGUGGCAGAGAAGUUUUGCAGGAGGGAGAAACAAACCUCUGUGAGUUUGGCAGCUGUCACCUGAUGGGAUUAAGAAAUGUGACAUUAAAAACCACAAUUUAAAAAAUGUUGUAGCAAAAUGAUAUUUUACAAACAUAUUAAAAGGAAAUUGUUCAGUUCUUAGAGGGCACUUUGAAUGUUCAUAUGAAAAGUCAUUCAUUUAAACAAUAUGAUCUAAUAGCUAAAAUCAAGAAGCAAUAAAUAGUCAAAACUUGAGUGUCUCAAAAAACCAUGAAAGAUCAUUUGAUUCCAUCAGAAAGUAUCUAUCACUUGAUCGAGAAAUUAACUUGGACAGUUUAUACUUUUGUUUUGCCUUUCACUGCUUAAAUCAUUAUAUGCACAAUUAUGAAAGAAAGAAAGAAAGCCACAAUCUUUUUUCUUUUUUUGUUCAGUCUUUUUCCCCCCAGUCACGUACAUGAGAAAAGUAGCUGCGAUAAACAGAUACUGAAUCAGACUGAAAGUCUUUUAAAAAAAAAACACCCAAAACAUUGCAUGAUAGUCUCUAAGCAGUUCCAUCUGUCAAGCAGAAAUUUUAGGCUAAUAGCCUGUGGCGAUCUCCCUCCACAGUCCACUACCUGCCUUUGUCCUAUUAAAUCUCUUUAUUCUUCUUAAAAAAUAAAAAAGAGGAAAGAAAAACCUUGCAGACCAAAAUCAUCUGAGUGAUGAAGCCCUAAUUUUGACCGCCUCUCUUUGAUGUUGAGCAGUGGGUUCUUAUUUAAAAAAAAAAAAAAAGAGUGAGUGAGAGGGGGGGAGAGAGGGAGAGAGAGAGAGAGAGAGAGAGAGGAGAAGACAGUGCUAGGAGCAGAUGACUUUUCAUCUCCACUUCACCUUGCCACUGGGUCUGUGAGAGAUUGGUUCAUUGUCAAGGAGAUUUUUUUUUUUUACCCAUGAUUCCAUAUGGUAUGGACCGGGCUACAUGUUGCCCAACAUGCCAGUGCAAAUGUUUUCUCAAUUAGGUGUCUUAUCUCCCGUGAGUUAGCAUCAGAUGAAGCUUGCUGACAGCAUAAUGGCAGGGAAAACCUCCGACGGCUCCAUCAAAUGGCAGCUCUGCUACGACAUCUCGGCCAGAACUUGGUGGAUGGAUGAAUUUCAUCCCUUCAUCGAAGCACUUCUGCCUCACGUCCGAGCGUUUGCGUACACGUGGUUCAACCUGCAAGCCCGAAAAAGAAAAUACUUCAAAAAACAUGAAAAACGCAUGUCUAAAGAGGAAGAGAGAGCCGUGAAGGACGAACUGCUAAGUGAAAAACCCGAGGUAAAGCAAAAAUGGGCAUCCAGACUUCUGGCAAAGCUCCGGAAAGAUAUCAGGCCUGAAUUUCGGGAGGAUUUUGUUCUCACAGUCACAGGAAAAAAGCCUCCGUGUUGCGUUCUUUCCAAUCCAGACCAGAAGGGCAAGAUGAGAAGAAUUGACUGCCUUCGCCAGGCAGAUAAGGUCUGGAGGUUGGACCUUGUUAUGGUGAUUUUAUUUAAAGGUAUUCCGCUCGAAAGUACUGAUGGCGAGCGCCUUGUAAAGUCCCCACAGUGCUCUAACCCCGGGCUGUGCGUACAGCCCCACCAUAUAGGAGUUUCUGUUAAGGAACUCGAUUUAUAUUUGGCAUACUUUGUGCACGCAGCAGAUUCAAGUCAAUCUGAAAGUCCCAGCCAGCCAAGUGAAGCUGAUAUUAAGGACCAGCCAGAAAAUGGACAUUUGGGCUUCCAGGACAGUUUUGUCACAUCAGGUGUUUUCAGUGUGACUGAGCUAGUAAGAGUCUCACAAACACCGAUAGCUGCAGGAACAGGCCCUAAUUUCUCCCUCUCAGAUUUGGAAAGUUCUUCGUACUACAGCAUGAGCCCAGGAGCAAUGAGGAGGUCUUUACCUAGCACAUCCUCUACCAGCUCCACAAAACGUCUCAAGUCUGUGGAGGAUGAGAUGGACAGCCCUGGUGAGGAGCCGUUCUACACAAGCCAAGGGCGCUCUCCGGGCAGUGGCAGCCAGUCCAGUGGAUGGCAUGAAGUGGAGCCAGGAAGAGGAAACUCACUGGUCAAACCCUUGGACACCAGAAUAGUUGCAUGCAGUUUCCCAGGGAGCCAGAUAGCUCUAAAGCUUCCCAGAUAUCUAAGAAACCCCGAACACCGCGGAGCACUUCAUGGAAUGCCAUCGCCAACUACAUUAAAGAAGUCAGAGAAGUCUGGUUUCAGCAGUCCCUCGCCUUCGCAGACCUCCUCCCUCGGAACGGCUUUCACACAGCACCAUCGACCUGUCAUUACAGGACCCAGAGCAAGUCCACAUGCAACACCAUCGACUCUUCAUUUUCCAACAUCACCCAUUAUUCAACAGCCUGGGCCAUACUUCUCACACCCAGCAAUCCGCUAUCAUCCUCAGGAGACUCUGAAAGAGUUUGUCCAACUUGUCUGCCCCGACGCUGGUCAGCAGGCUGGACAGGUGGGGUUCCUAAAUCCCAAUGGUAGCAGCCAAGGCAAGGUGCACAAUCCAUUCCUUCCUACCCCAAUGUUGCCACCACCACCUCCGCCACCAAUGGCUAGGCCUGUGCCUCUGCCAGUGCCAGACACAAAACCUCCAACCACAUCAACAGAAGGAGGGGCCACCUCUCCCACUUCUCCAACCUACUCGACACCCAGCACCUCCCCCGCAAACCGAUUCGUCAGUGUUGGACCACGGGAUCCAAGCUUUGUAAAUAUCCCUCAACAGACUCAGUCCUGGUACCUGGGAUAAAAGUCUCCGCUUCCCACCACGCACCGGACAGACCACCAGACCCCUUCCCACCUCUGUAACACGGAAGCAGCAGCAACGCAGCGCAGCGACUUCACAUCGGCGGAAGGGGAGGCGAGCAGACACCGACAGCAAACUCGUACAUGGAAAUGGCAAACGUUAUGGUUGAAUGGCAAAGGCCGUAACUUUCUCUCGAGAUUUGAUUUUAAUUUUUCUUUUUUUUUUUAAUUUUUUUUUUUGUUGUUUUUUUAGACAACUUUAGGACUGUUGUAAUUUCUCAUAUGGUGCUGGAAAUGGUUGGGCUUCAUAACUUUUGAAGUGUUUCAUUGGUAGUGUAAGCGUUAGGUGACACUGAGUAGAACUAGCCUCUGCUGCUGCUUACCAACUCGCUGUUGUAACACACUUUCCAUAUGGAGCCUAACUGUUUUACAGUAUCCUCAUCGGAUUUUCCCAUACAGGUGUGAGACUUCUUGAGAAAUCAUGAAACACACUUAAACUAUAACUUUUGUAGUAGCUGAAUUCUGCAAUAUAUUACUUACCGGACAGACAUAGAGCAUGUUUUUUUUUUUUCUGUAACAUAUCGGGGAAAAAAAAAAUGCAGGUUUCUUUUUUUUGUUGUUGUUGUUGUUGGGGUUUUUUUUUCUUUUUUUUUUUUUUUUUUACAGUCGGCACUUAGAGACGUAACAUGAACCAUAAGAGCAUUGUCAACAAUUUUUUUCCACUCGAUUGCAGAGCGAUUUAAAACAUCAAACUACUACUAUUCACUUAAAAAAAAAAAAAGAAAAAAAAGAAAAAAGUUUGAAAUGCUGCACUUACAUUUAAAAAAAAACAUUUUUCAACAAUUUUCAACAAUUACACAAAAAUUCACGCAGAAAUGGGGAAGUUGGUCUGUUUUGACAGAAACUGACAGGAAUCAAUCAAAACAAUCGAAUUUUGAAUUGAGUAAAGUGCAAUUUCAUUGGAUAGCUAAAUAUCUUUGUAAGAUAGAGAUUGUUGAAAAUUCUAUUUUUGUUUUCCAAGUCCUUCCACCCCAGGACUCUAAAUUAUUGGGGUAAAAAACAGCCUUGCAAGAAAAAGGGGAGCUAUUUUUGCUUUUUAUGUUUUUUAUUGUUGAACUUGUAUCCCUUUAAAACUGAAGGAAAAUUAAAAAAAAAAAAACAAAUCUAAUGGUGCUUUUACCACAAUAUGUUAACUACAUUAAAUGCUAAUUAAUCAUUUUCUGUUAUCAAAGCACAUAACUAAAAUGAAAUCAUAAUAUCUGUUAAUUUUAUAAGCUAAAAGUCACUAUAAUGGAUUAUGCCAAUUCUGACAAAUUUUACGUGUUUCCGGCAAUAUAGGGUUUAUCAGUUCUCAAACACCUUGGGAAUAAGAGAGAACGGUCCAGAAAGUAAAACACCUUCGUGUCCCUGAACUGGUACAUUUUCUGGACUGUGGAGAAAUCAUUACAGAAACGAACGAUGCUGAUCUUCUUACAACUUAUGCCAGUUCAAAAGCAAGGGCACUUGCUGAAGAUGAAAAAAAGAAAAAAAACAGACAAAUAAGUAGAAAAUGAAAAAAAAAAAAAAAAAAAAAAAAAAAAGAAGUUUGGACCCCAAACGUCCUGUAUCUUAUGUACAAAAAAAAGGAAAAAAAAAGAAAAAAAAAAGAGUGCAAGUGAUUUUUUCUAUCAGACAGCGGAGCACCCCUUUGCUUCACAUGCAACUUUAAGAAGGUUUCCUAUACUAUACAUAUAUAUACGUUCUGGUUGGCGAGUCCAGCUAAUCAGAGAAAGUCUCUGCAUGUUCUAGUGUUAGUAACUAAUUUUUAUAUAGUUAAUGUAGGGUAAAGUAGAGUGCAUUAAGACACAAUAUUGUAAUCCCUAUUCCAGGCACUUGCCUUUAAACUAUGUUUGUUCGACCCUUCAGAAGGGUUUCUACUACUGUCCUAUACAAUCAAGUAACUGAAAUUCUUGGGAAGACACUUUGCUCCUCAUCUUUUCCCUGAAACGAUGUUUUGUUUUGUUUUCUUAAUUUGCACGAAACAAAAAAAAAAAAAAAUUCCAUAUCAAUGUGCCUUGCCCUGGAUAGCGAUUAUUUGUGGAAUUGUUGCACAUGUUCCUAUAUUGAAAGGGGUUUUUCCCUAGUCAAGCAUUUGGAGACACUUUUUGUAAAUGUGACUUUUAUGUCAGCCAUUGUCAGUUCCAACAUCUAGAAUUAAAUAGGAUGUUAGUUGUUCCGCAGAUAGGAGUAGUGUUUAUUGUCCUGUAUGGUCAGUGGCAGUGCUAUUCUGAGAUCUGUAGAUGCUAGAUUAUCAGUAUUUUUGGAUGUUGCUGCAUUUUACCUUUUAUUUGGAGUCUUCCUUUUUUUGUUUUGUUUUCUCCCAGAUAUAUGAAAAUAUGCAAUACCUGCUUAUAUCAUGUAGAAAAGCUUAGCAAUUAUUAAUUUUUCUUUUAAUUUUUUUUUAUUUGACCAAAGUUGGUGCUGCACUUGACGCAGUGUGUUUUAGGUGUUUGUCUUUGUACUUUUGUGAUUUUUGAAUGCACAUGCAGGAAGGGCUCUUCUUAGAGAAGCAGUCAAACUGUGAAGCACUAAGCUGAACCCUGCUUCAAGCAAUUUUUGUUUUACAACUGUUCCUUUCACAAGCAAGCCUUAAAAAAAAAAAAACAACUUCCUUUUUCUUCAGAUCCCACACCCAUUUUUAUUAGCAGACUGCAAUCAAUCCACAUUCAAUAAAAGUAUAUAAUGCCCAUUUUUAUAUGCACGUUUUUAAACUUCCAAGUUCUGAAAAUUGUUUACUGGUUAUUCUCUAUUUAAGGAAAAAAUAAAAUGUUUUGGAUUUUCAUAUGUGUCUGAUAAGUGGUUGAGUAGUCAUUUUGCUCUAUUGUAUUGUGUGAUUGUUAGUAUAUGGUAUCACAUCCUCUAGCCAGCAUCCUUUGCCUUCCCUAUAGCACUUAGCUGGGCAUUACUUUAUUAAGACAUAUGUGCACUAAAAAAAAAAAAAAUAGCAGCUUUCAGUGCUUCACAGUGAAGGGAAAAAAGCCUAGACAAACAUUUUGUCAGAACCUUGCUAUGAGACAAGGUAUUACCAGUAAAUUGGUUGUAUAUACAAUAAAAUUGCACCCUUUUUUAAACAAAACAAACUAAGCAAUAGUUUGGGCAGUUAGUUGUUUUUAGUGAGCAUGUUGUAGUCAUGGCUGCAAAGAGAGAGAAUUAAACUGCCCACUCAGAAGAUAUGUAAUUUGUAUGUUGUAUAGUUUUAUUGAUUACACUGAUUUAUUCUACCCUAUUUUAUAAUGCAGGACUUUUGUAAUGUUGUUUAAAUGAGGAAAAAUUUCUGUCAAAUUAGCUUAGUGGAAUUUCUGAUUGUUCGUUAUAAAGGCAGCGUUCAUAGAAUUGCUUUUUUUUUUUUUUUCCUUUGGGAACUGGAUUUAAGUUAAAAACUUUCCCGUUUCCUUUUUUUGUAUGUAUUUAAAUACAGUUAUUUUUCUUCUCUCAAUGGUAUAGCAUAUUCCUAUGCUUGAGAAGUAUAGGCUACUGAAGAACCAUUGUAAAUGGACAUUACAGGUAUGCUGUAUUUUUGAAGGUAUUUUUGUCAUAUUAAGUUUGAUGACGCUAAAGUUAGGGAACUCUGAGCAGAAUUGCGAGAAAAAAAAUGUUUUAAAGGCUUUAAAACAUUAGGUAGGAGGUCAAGGGUGUUAACCAACAGGGGUUGUAAAGUAUUACACACUAAAUUCAGUUUGCGUUCACCUUCCUCUCACGCAGGAAACGCGGCAGUUCCGUUCUGUGCAGGUGUAGAGAACAAACAGUGUUUUAGUCCUCCUUUAGAGGAGCGGGGAGGCGAGCAGGGAUGGGCAGGAGGGAUGGGGCAUCCAUCCAUCCCUCCAUGCACCCACCCAGCCAUCCAUCCAUCCAUCCCUCCAUCCCUGGAUGGUCCCGCCGUGCGGGCGGCCGCAGAGCCCCGGCCCCGCGCCGGGCGCUCCUUCCGAGUCACCCAAGAACUUUUUUUCCUCCCCGCCUCCUUCUCUCCAGAACUGUCAGACGCACAAAUUCUCUGACCUGUGCCCACCCCCGCCCACCCAAAUUUAAAGCCCUAGGGAUGGCUUAGCGCGAAUUGACUUUUUCCCAAGUUAAUUCCUUUCUUUUUUUUUCUUUCCCCCCCUCUUUUUUCGGGUUUUUUAAAUUUUUUUUUUGGUUUUUUUUUUUGAACGAGGGCACUUGCUUUUCUCAUGCCGCACACCCCAGCAAUGCCAUUAUUAUUUAUUCUUUUUCCUUUAUAAUAAAAAGAAAAACUUUCGGGCUUCGAGUUUAGGCAGCCAUGGUACACUUUGUCUCUGUUGCUUGUUCCCCCUCCCCUUAAGGUCGAAGGGGAAAAGAAACACCAAGUUUUCUCAACUCCACAGUAUUCAGUCAGCCCACAGGAAUAUGCAAAAUCCCUCUAACAUUUUUUUUUUCUUUCUCUAGUUCUCUUUGUUCCGUAUAUUUGCAGCUUUGUAGUAACAGUGUUAUAAAAUAUUUACUGUACAAAAAUACAAAAAAACCCAGAUACAUAGCCUAAAACAGGUUUUUUUUCCUUGUGGUGAAUUAUUUUUUUUUAAGAAUGUCAGUUAAUAUUGUACUUUGCAUUGUGUCUCUGGAAAUAUCUUUUUUUUUCUUUUUUUUUGUUGGUAGAAGGCCUCCAUCGAACAAAAUUAAAACCAUAACCGGCAUGACAAUGUAAGGAGAGCUUCAAUGGCACCUAAACAAUAAAUAAAUAACAAAUUCAACCUCAUGAGGUCUGUCGGAGGCAGGUCUUGUGAAGUUAACACUGCCUGCUAGGCAGGAUUUUCAUUAAAUCAAGCUUACAAUGCCAAUUUUGUCUUGAAGUCAAUGCAUGUAUUACUGUUUGACAGUAAACCCAGCUAUGCCAUCAUCAAGUCCAAGGCUGCGCAAUAGUCUAAUUAGUAUCGAGUACAUUUUCCUUUUAUUUUUUCCAAUAAAAAAGCAGUGGGAUGAAAAUUGCUUUGAUAUAUAGCAGGUAACAUUGAAGCUAUUCCAUAGCACUUAACUGUAGUGAAUACUGUGUCACCAAUUCUGAAAUCAAUUUAAUGUUUAAUGCAAAUCCAUUACAUGGUGCUAUUACAGGCUGGCAAAAUGAUUUACAAAAAUGUGACAACUUGGGCUCAAUUCACUCUGCUUUCCAACAAUGUAAAUGCAUAGCAGUGUUUAUCUGCAUGAAAACUAUGCACUAAUCUAUCUGAAAAAAAAAAAAGAAAAGAAUAUAUCAACUUUGGUAUCUACUUUCCGUUUACUUCGAUCCUUGCCUUUUCGGUCAUUGUUAUAAUGCCAGCUUUAGGACAGAAAGAAUUAUAAGAAAACCAGCAUAAUACCUGAUAUAUUAAAAUGUAGUGCCUGUGAAAUCUGUAUUAUAUUGCUCUUCUGAAGUAAGAUUUUUCUACACCGGUAGCCUUCGCUGUCUGUCAGAACCUUCUGAUAUAGGUGAUGUAAAAUAACCGUACAAUAUUAAUGCAUGCUAUUCCAUAAUGCUUAGUAGCUGUAUGAAUAUUACUCAAAGUUAUGUUAGUCUUUUUUUCUGACUUGGUUCUUGUCAGAUAGGUUUAAAGAUAUUUCACUGAGAACGCAAAUUCUGUCUUUAUUGAUUUGGGGUGUUUUCAGUAUUUUGGAGGUAUACAUUUACUUAAAUUCAGUAUUACUUGUGUUUUGGGUUUUUUUUCUUUUUUUUCUUUUUUUUUCCUUUUCUUUUUUUUUUUUUUUUUUUUUUUUUUUUUAUUUCCUAGAGGGCAGGACAUGGUGUUUGAGACCAGAAAUCCGUGCCUGGUAAGAUUUUCGUCUCGAAAAGCUACCCUAAGAAUUCAGAGAGCUUGCUCUGAAGAACAGUUCAAAUUGAAGGGACAGUCCUUUAAACCCACAAAUGAGACCGAGCUCAUGUUGCGAGAGAUUUCUUAAUGGGCAGCGGUGAACCAGGUACCCAUGCUUGACCCUUCUUCACACCAGACUUCCUCAUAUAGAAUGAAAAAAAACCCUUUUAAAAAAAAAAAAAAAAAAAAAAGAAAAAAAGAAAAAAAAAAAACCUCAUGUGGUUGUUUAGUUUCAUGCACAGUUGCAAUAUUUUUCUUCAAAACAAACUCUGUACAAAACUUUGGGCCCGAUUCAUAAAAGCUCCUUUGCUAUUAACACGGGAGGCUGGUGGGCUCCUCUCCUCCAAAUUGAGGGUGGGCUUCGCCCCGGCGAGCCCCGCUGGCCCUGCUCUCCCUCCCCUUCCCCUCUCCGCCUCCCCCAGCCCACGGAGACCGGGAGCCGGUGGCCAGGGGCCGUGGAGGAGGCGAGGCAGCCAGGACCAUGCUCCGAGCCCCAGAGGUGCAGGUUGGCAGGAGGAAAAGGGGGAGCACGGCUCCGGCAGGUGCCGGGGGCUCGGGACACCGCGACUCGAUCGCAAAAGAGAUCUUGUCCGCGCCAGAACAAAACGCGCUCGAUCGCUACCUCUGAGCUCUAGAGAAACCCUCCGUCGGGGCCAGCGCUCGCCCGCAAUGUGAACUUUUGUACUUUGGAUGCUUUUUUUUUUUCUCUUAGGGAAGACUAUUUUCCACUUAGUUAAUCUUCUAUGCUCGAGCAUGAACAAAAACAAUUGUGUUGGGUGAAAUGCCCCCCCUUUUAUCUGCAUCCACAAAUUAAUAUGAGGGGAAAAACAAAAAGAAGAUGAGUUUCUAGAUGGAGCAUGGUAGGGUGAGAGCGCCCGGCUCGGCAUCCGCCACCGACGCCGCUCGUCCUUGUUGCAACUGCUGCCUUGGGGACAGGGCCACGAAAUUCUUGGGAAACAGAAUCAAGGAGAAAUCUCCAUUUUGGCCGGCUGUGCGGGUUCUCCCGAACUCUGCCCCAGCCCAGCCCAGUCCCUCAGCGGCGGGUUGAGAUUUGAGGCGCUAAAAUUUCCACCGGCCGUGUGAAAGAUCUGCUGCAAAUUCACUUGACACCCGUGUUAAUACCAUGUCGUGUUCAUUUUUUUUUAUGAGUCAGGCCCCUCGUGCCUCUAGUAUACUUGUAUUGACUCUCAUAGUUACCAUUUUAGUUUUACUGUGUUCUGUGAAAAAAAUUGUAAUUGGUUGAGAAUCACUGUGGGCAUCCAUUCUUAUUCAACUAAGUCUCCGCAGGUUUUUUGAGCUGGUGUGGAUUAGUUUAACUCUUGUAUUCAACCAUUAGUGCUACCACCUUCUCACAUUACAAUACAAUUACUGGAAGCAAGUACUGCAUUUCCUAUGCAACAAAAAAGGAAAAUAAAAAAUUGCUAAUGCUAA